GAAUGAUAAAAUUCCAAGCUUGAUUUCCGAAAGCCUCAACCCUUGUCUGGCUCCUUGUUCACUGUUGGAAAUCUCAAAUCGUCUCUCAGAUCUUCACUCAUCACGCGUUUCUCCUCUCAAAACCUAGGCGAUCGAGCGUUUCAACGAUUCAAACCAUCAUCGAAUUGAUCUCUCUACCUCUAUCAAGGUCAAAAAUCACGACUUCUAAUUUCUCUCCAUUCAAUUUCUGGUAUUUAUUUCCUUUGUUGUGAACUAUGUCUGGUGUUAUGGAGAAAUUUGUUAUUGCUUCUAUGCUAAUGUGGAUGGUUCCAAUUGCUAUCUUAUAUUCUUUCAAGUAUAAUUUGGUUCCUGGUAUAACCGAUAUGUCUUCUUACUCGUUGACAUUGUUAAGUGGGUUCGGGGCGGUUAUAUCAGUCAACAUUAUAAUUGCAUUCUACAUUUAUAUGGCAAUGAAGGAACCUUCAGAAAAGCAUCAGCCAAGUGAUGCAUUUCUUGCACAAGCUAAAGCUAGCAUGAGGCAGCUCAAGACAAAUGAAACAGAGGAUGCUGCAGAAGCUCGAGAUAAACAAGAGUAAGCAUUCUAAACGAGAGUUUUCUUUUGGUGCAGAAAAUGACUUCUCAAAUAACCGUAUUAAGACACACAUUUGCCAUAGAAAAUGAGGAUGAGAUGGAGUCGGGUUUAAAUGGGUUGAGUUCUUAUUAGGGUUUGUAAAACUAACACGGUUUGUUAAUGGUGUUUUUGUUGAUUUAUUUGGAUUAAGUGUUAAUCCAUCAAUAAUAUAUUGCAUUUUGUGACACUCUGAUUAGAGAUA